CGGGGCCGAGCAGGUUUAAAUCCCGGCGGCGCUUGGCGCGGGCCGUGGAGCGAGCGGAGGGACUGCGCACGGGCCCUGGAGCGCGCAGGGAGCAGACACAGCGGAUUUCGGGCUAGUCAGCUCUGCACAGCCAGCCGGGCACCAUGAACGGCCACGCCUCUCCUCUGGACGUCCUGGUCACCGACAGCACCAAGCCGGCCAUCGUCCCCAAGGCCACCAAGGCCGUGCAGGGAGCCGGCGCACCCCCCGGGCCGCAGGCCGGGAGCGUCGCCGGGGUGCACGUGGCGGCGUCGGGCCAGACCCUGAGUCUCUACGCCGCCAUGAAGCAGGGCCUGCUCCCGGAGCGGCUUGGGCUGGCUCUGCUGGAGGCCCAGGCCGCCACCGGGGGCCUCGUGGACCCCGCCCAGGGCCAGCUUCUCCCCGUGUCUGAGGCCCUGCGGUGCGGCCUGGUGGGCCUGGAGCUGAAGGAGAAGCUGCUGGCUGCGGAGCGUGCGGUCACUGGGUACCCUGACCCCUACGGGGGUGAGAAGCUGGCCCUCUUCCAGGCCAUUGGGAAGGAGGUUGUAGACAGGGCGCUGGGGUGGAGCUGGCUGGAGGCCCAGCUGGCCACGGGGGGCCUGAUAGACCCCAUGCGGGGAGUGCGCCUGGCCCCGGAGCUGGCCUGCCAGCAGGGCCUCCUGGACCAGGAGACGCAGCGCGGCCUGUCAGAGCGUGAGCCGGCCUUCCUGGACCCCAACACCCUGGAGCGGCUGUCCUACGGCGAGCUGCUGGGCCGCUGCGUGCGGGCCCCCGCCACGGGGCUGGCCCUGCUGCCUCUGCAGACCACCUUCCGCACGCUGGGCGGGGCGGCCAGCUCAGCCGAGCUGCUGGAGGCCGGGAUCCUGGACAAGGAGACGGCCCGGGGCCUGCAGGAGGGCACGCUGUCAGUGCAGGAGGUGAGCGCCCGCCCCCAGGUGCGGCGCUACCUGCAGGGCACCGGCGGUGUGGCCGGGGUCGUCCUGCUGCCCGCCGGCCGCAAGAAGAGUUUCUUCCAGGCCGUCACCGAGCACCUGCUGCCCGUGGGCGCCGCACUGCCCCUCCUUGAGGCUCAGGCCGCUGCCUGCGCUCUGGUGGACCCGGCCACCGGCCAGAGGCUCAGCGUGGACGAGGCAGUCAGGGCAGGCCUGGUGGGCCCAGAGCUGCACGGGCAGCUCCUGGAGGCAGAGCAGGCGGUGUCCGGGUUCCACGACCCCUUCAGCGGCACCCGCAUCCCCCUCUUCCAGGCCAUGAAGAAGGAGCUGGUGGGCCGGCCUCUGGCGCUGCGGCUCCUGGAUGCCCAGCUGGCCACGGGCGGGCUCGUGUGUCCAGCCCGCAGGCUCCGGCUGCCCCUGGAGGCCGCCCUGCGCUACGGCUGCCUGGACGAGGAGACGCAGCAGCAUCUCUCACAGGCUGCUGGCUUCUCGGACCCCCACACGCAGGAGAGCCUCAGCUACAGGCAGCUGCUGGCCCGCUGUGUCACCGACCCGGAGACGGGGCUGGCCUUCCUGCCCCUCCCAGGAGAGGCCCGUGGAGAGGAGCCACAGGGACCCCCGUUCAUCGAGCACAGCACCCGGCAGGCCUUGAGCGAGGCCACGGCCGCCGUCUCGGUGGGUGGGCUGCAGGAGAAGCCCGUGUCCCUGUGGGAGCUGCUCUUCUCCGAGGCCGUCCCGGUGGAGCAGAGGGCAGCGCUGGCGCAGCAGCACCAGCGAGGGACGCUGUCCGUGGAGGAGCUGGCCGCCGUGCUGCGGGCCACCCUAGAGCAGGCCGCGGCCACCGCCAAGACCACCUUCUCUGGGCUCAGGGUCCCCGUGUCGCCCGGGGAGCUGCUGCAGGCAGAGAUCAUCGGCCAGGACGUGUAUGAGCAGCUGGCGCGGGGACAGACCACGGCGCAGCACGUGGGCAGCCUGGACUCGGUGCAGAGGUACCUGCAGGGCACCGGCUGCAUUGCCGGCCUGCUGCUGCCUGACUCCCGGGAGCGGCUCAGCAUCUACGAGGCUCAGAAGAAGGGGCUCCUGCGGCCGGGCACAGCCCUCGUCCUCCUGGAGGCGCAGGUGGCCACCGGCUUCCUCAUCGACCCGAAGGAAAACCAGAGGUACUCCGUGCAGGCGGCGCUGCAGGCCGGCGUCAUCGGGCCCAGCCUGUUCGCCAAGCUGCUGUCGGCCGAGCGCGCGGUCACCGGCUACACUGACCCCUACACCGGGGAGCCCAUCUCCCUCUUCCAGGCCAUGCAGAAGGGCCUGAUCGUCCGCGAUCACGGCAUCCGCCUGCUGGAGGCCCAGAUCGCCACGGGCGGCAUCAUCGACCCCGUGCACAGCCACCGGCUGCCCGUGCACGUGGCCUACCAGCGCGGCUACUUCGACCAGACACUGAACUUGAUCCUGGCGGACCCGAGCGACGACACCAAGGGCUUCUUCGACCCCAACACGCACGAGAACCUCACCUACAUGCAGCUGCUGGAGCGCUGCGUACGCGAUGCCGAGACCGGCCUCUACCUGCUGCUGCUCAGCAGCGAGCGUCCCCAGCUGGUGGAUGGCGCCACCCGGCGGGCCUUCCAGAGCCUGCUGCUGCCCACGAGCCACGGGCGCUUCCGGGGGCGGCGGGUGUCUGCGUGGGAGCUGCUCAACUCGGAGUGCUUCAGCGAGGCCCAGCGGCGGCAGCUGCUGCACCGCUACCGGCGGCGCGAGCUCUCCUUGGAGCAGGUAGCGAAGCUGCUGCAGAGGGAGUCGGCGCGGUGCACGGACAUCACGCUGCCCGCGCUGCGGGGGCGCGUCACCCCUUUCCAGCUCCUGGAGGCCCACAUCAUCGACCAGGAGCUCCUGGACCGGCUGCUGGCCGGGGCGGUCAGCCCUGAGGCCCUGCUCCGCAUGGACGGCGUCCGCAGGUACCUGCGUGGCUCAGGCGCCGUGGGUGGCGUGCUGCUGCCGUCCUCCAACCGGAGGCUCAGCCUCUACCAGGCCAUGAAGCAGAAGCUGCUGGGGCCGGGCGUGGCCCUGGCGCUGCUGGAGGCCCAGGCGGCCACCGGAGCCCUCGCCGACCCCCAGAGCCUGGAGCACCUGUCAGUGGAGGAGGCUGUGCGCAGGCAGCUGGUGGGGCCCGAGCUGUAUGCCCGGCUGAGACGGGCCGAGGACGCUGUGACCGGCUUCCGGGACCCCUUUUCUGGGCAGCGGGUGUCCCUGUUCCAAGCCAUGAGGAAGGGCCUGGUCCGCGAGGAGCAGGCUGCCCGCCUCCUACAGGCCCAGCUGGCCACAGGAGGGGUCGUCGACCCCGCAGGCCACUACCACCUGCCCGUGUCCGCGGCCGUCGAGCGUGGCUACAUCGACCAGGAGACGGAGACGGCCUUGUCCAGCUCCUGCGAGACCUACCCCACGCCAGACGGCCGGGGAAACACCAGCUACGUCCAGCUUCUGGGACAGUGUGUGAAGGACGAGGCCUCCGGCCUGUACCUCCUGCCCCUGCAGGAAAGCGCUCCUGCCAUGCCCACAGACGAGCAGGUCCGGGAGACCCUGCAGGCCACUGCGGGGGCCGCGGACGGCACGUCCCUCUGGGAGCUGCUGGCCUCCUGCCACUUCUCGGAGGAGCAGCGGAGGGGCUUCCUGGAGGACUUCCGCGCAGGGAGGACCACCGUGCGGCAGCUGCAGAUGGCCGUGCAGAGCUGCCUGCGGGAGGCGGAGCUCCUGGCCCAGGCCCGCGUCACCAUGCCCGGCCCCCGGGGCGAGGUUCCCGCGGUCUGGCUGCUGGACGCCGGCAUCAUCGCCCCGGAGACCCUGGCGGCACUGGCCCGGGGCGCGCGGUCUCCUGCCCAGGUCGCCGAGGAGCCUGCGGUGAGGGCCUGCCUGUGGGGCACGGGCUGCGUGGCCGGGGUGCUGCUGCAGCCCUCGGGGACCAAGGCCAGCGUCGACCAGGCCGUGAAGGACGGCCUCCUGCCCGCGGGCCUGGGGCAGAGUCUGCUGGAGGCCCAGGUGGCCUCGGGCUCCCUUGUGGAUCCCCUGACCGGCCAGAGGCUGUCCGUGGAAGACGCAGUCAAGGCCGGCCUGGUGAGCGGGACGCUGAGCGAGCAGCUCCGGCAGGCGGAGAGGGCCGUGACUGGGUACACGGACCCCUACUCGGGGGGCCGCCUCUCGCUGUGGCAGGCCGUGGAGAAGGGGCUCGUGCCCCAGGGCGAGGGCCUCCCGCUCCUGCAGGCCCAGCUGGCCACAGGUGGUGCCGUGGACCCCACCUACGGGGUGCACCUGCCCCAGGCGGCAGCCUGCAAGCUGGGCCUCCUGGACGAGCGGACGAGUCGGGUGCUGACCGGCACCGAUGAGGACCACCGGUUCUUCUUCGACCCCAGCUCGCGGGACAAGGUGACCUACCAGCAGCUCAAAGAACGCUGUGUCCUUGAUGCCGACACCGGCCUGUGGCUGCUGCCCCUGCCCCAGGAUGUGGCCCUGGAGGUGGACAAGCACACGGCCGUGGCCCUGAGGGCCAUGAAGGUGCCCGUCGGGGCCGGGCGGUUCAAGGGGCUCACCGUGUCGCUCUGGGACCUGCUGCACUCGGAGUACGUCAGCGGUCGCCGGCGGCGGGAGCUGGCGGCACUCUGCCAGUCUGGGCGGGCCACGGCCCUGCGGCAGGUGGUCAGCACGCUCACCGCCCUGGUCGAGGCCUCGGAGAAGAAGCCCCCGCAGGCCGUCUUCAGGGGGCUCCGGAAGCAGGUGUCGGCCAGCGACCUGUUCAGGUCCCAGGUGAUCGACAAGAAGACGCUGGACGAGCUGAGCCGGGGUGCGAGGACCGUGCAGGAGGUUACACAGAUGGACAGCGUGCGGCGCUGCCUGGAAGGGGGCAACUUCAUCGCCGGGGUCCUCGUCCAGGCCACCAAGGAGAGGAUGAGCGUCUCCGAGGCCCUGAGCAGGGGCAUCCUGCGGCCCGGCACGGCCCUGGUGCUGCUGGAGGCCCAGGCGGCCACAGGGUUCCUCAUCGACCCCGUGGCCAACCGCAGGCUGACCGUGGAGGAGGCCUUCGCGGCAGGGAUGUUUGGGAAGGAGACCUACCAGAAGCUGCUGUCGGCCGAGCGUGCAGUCACCGGCUACACCGACCCCUACACCGGGGAGCCCAUCUCGCUCUUCCAGGCCAUGCGGAAGGACCUGAUCGUCCGCGACCACGGCAUCCGCCUGCUGGAGGCCCAGAUCGCCACGGGCGGCAUCAUCGACCCCGUGCACAGCCACCGGCUGCCCGUGGAGGUGGCCUACGAGCGCGGCUACUUCGACGAGGAGAUGAACCGCGUCCUGGCGGACCCGAGUGACGACACCAAGGGCUUCUUCGACCCCAACACCCACGAGAACCUCACGUACAUGCAGCUGCUGGAGCGCUGUGUGGAGGACCCCGAGACCGGCCUGUACAUGUUACAAAUCGUGAAGAAAGGAGAGCCGUACGUGUACAUCGACGAGGCCACGAGGCGGGCCCUGCGGCUGCAGACCGUGACCAUGCGUGUGGGGAGGUUCGCGGGUCAGAGCGUGUCCGUCUGGGACCUGCUGUCCUCUCAGUACUUCACGGAGGACCGGCGGCGGGAGCUGGUCCAGCAGCACCGAGCCCGGGCCCUGAGUCUGCAGCGGCUGCUGGAGAUCGUCACCGCCACGGUCGAGGAGACGGAGGAGCAGCACCAGGUCAUCAAGGUGCCGGGGAUCGGCGGGGACGUGACGGCCGCGGACCUGUUCAACGCGGGCAUCAUCGACAGGAAGAGCCUGGACGCGCUGCGCGGGGGACAGGCGCUCGGCGGCCUGGAGCACGUGAAGGCCUACAUAGAAGGCAGUGGCUGCAUCGCGGGCGUGACCGUCCCCUCCACACAGGAGGUGAUGAGCGUCUACGAGGCCAGCGCCAGAGGACUCAUCCCCACGGGGUUCGCGGCCCUGCUGCUGGAGGCCCAGGCGGCCACAGGGUUCAUGCUGGACCCCCACACCCACCGGAGGCUCUCCGUGGACGAGGCCGUGGCCGCCGGCCUGGUGGGCGAGGACCUACAGGACAGGCUCCGGGACGCCGAGAAGGCUGUCAAGGGCUACCCGGACCCCGACACGGGGCGCACGCUCCCGCUGCUCCAGGCCAUGGAGAGGAAGCUGGUGGACAGGGAGGCGGCGCUGAGACUGCUGGAGGUGCAGGUGGCCACCGGGGGCGUCGUGGACCCGCAGCACCACCACCGGCUCCCACUGGACGCGGCCUGCAGGCGCGGCUGUCUGCGCCGGGACAUGUACCCGCUCGUGUCCGACCAGAAGCUCAUGAAGAAGAGGUUUGUGGAUCCCAACACACACGAGAAGGUGACGUACAAGGAGCUGCAGGACAGAAGCCUCCAGAAAGGGGCGGGGGGCUGGACGCUGUUCCCCGUGACCCGCGACGAGAAGGAAUCCCCGUACGUGGAUGAGGCCACGCGCAGGGCCCUGGAGGCCGAACGGGUGGAGGUCACGGUCGGCCGGUACAAGGGACAGAGGCCCUCAGUGUGGGAGCUGCUGAACUCGGAAUACGUCACCGAGGAGAAAAAACUGGAGCUGGUGGGAAGCUACAAGAGAGACACGAAGCGUGCCCUGGACAAGGUAGUAGAAAACAUCUUCGUGAUGAUCGAGGAGAGAGAGAAGUGCAGCAAGCAGCUGUGGUUCCGAGGCAUCAGGAGGCAGGUGACGGCCUCCGAGCUCUUCCAGUCGGCCAUCAUCACCAAGGAGACGCUGGAGAAACUCGAGGAGGGACAGAGUUCCGUGGAAGACGUCAAGCAGGACGAGGGCGUGCGGCGCUACCUGGAGGGCACGAGCUGCAUCGCUGGCGUGCUGGUGCCCGCCAGGGACGACCCCUCCAGGCAGGAGAAGAUGAGCAUCUACCAGGCCAUGUGGAAGGGCCUGCUGCGGCCCGGCACGGCCCUGGUGCUGCUGGAGGCCCAGGCGGCCACGGGCUUCCUCAUCGACCCCGUGCGCAACCAGCGGCUGUCCGUGGACGAGGCGGUGGCCGCGGGCGUGGUGGGCGGCGAGAUCCGCGACAAGCUGCUGUCGGCCGAGCGCGCGGUCACCGGCUACACCGACCCCUACACCGGGGAGCCCAUCUCGCUCUUCCAGGCCAUGCGGAAGGACCUGAUCGUCCGCGACCACGGCAUCCGCCUGCUGGAGGCCCAGAUCGCCACGGGCGGCAUCAUCGACCCCGUGCACAGCCACCGGCUGCCCGUGGAGGUGGCCUAUGAGCGCGGCUACUUCGACGAGGAGAUGAACCGCGUCCUGGCGGACCCGAGCGACGACACCAAGGGCUUCUUCGACCCCAACACGCACGAGAACCUCACCUACAUGCAGCUGCUGCGCCGCUGCGUGCGCGACCCCGACACGGGGCUGUACGUGCUGCAGCUGGCCCGCCAGGGCUCCGCCCUGCAGCAGCUGAGCGAGGAGCUGCGCCGCGCCCUGCGGGACGUGCGCGUGUCCCUGCCGCCGGGGGCGGGCGCCCCCGAGGGCCAGGACGUGUCCGUCUGGGAGCUGCUCUUCUACCGGGAGGUGUCCGAGAGCCUGCGGCAGGACCUGCUGGCCGGGUACCGGGCGGGCAGGCUGAGCGUGCAGGAGCUGGGCGCCUCGCUCACCGCGCUGCUGGCCGGGGCCUCCGCGGCCGCGGACCCUCCGCCCGCCCUGCGCGCCGCCACCAUGGAGGUCAGGGUGGGCCGCCUGCGAGGCCCGGCCGUGCCCGUGUGGGACGUGCUGGAGUCCGCCUACGUGAGCGCCGACAGGAGGGAGCAGCUGCUGGCCCAGUUCCGCUCGGGGGCGCUGGGGCUGCCCGCGCUGACCCGCCGGCUGACCACCAUCAUCGAGGAGGCCGAGGAGGCCCAGGAGGUGCAGGGUGGGCGGCGGGGGCAGGGGGACACAGCCCCCGGCCAGCGGGAUCCGGGGCAGCAGGGGCGCAGUGGCGGGGCCACCGGGCACCCUCGGGAGCAGGAGCUGCGUGCCGCCACCAUGGAGGUGCGCGCCGGGCGGUUCCGCGGGCGGCCGGUGUCCGUGUGGACGUCCCUGUGCUCCUCCUACCUGACCCAGGCCCGCCGGGAGGAGCUGCUGGCCCAGCUGGAGGCCGGCACCCUGGCCCUGCCCGGCCUGGUGGCCGUCCUCACCCAGGUCGUGGAGGAGACGGAGGAGCGCCUGAGCAAGGUGUCCUUCCGGGGCCUGCGGCGCCAUGUGUCCGCGGCCCAGCUGGGCACGUCCGGGGUGCUGGACCCUGAGACCCUGCGGGGCCUGGCCCAGGGCACCAAGAGCCCCCAGGAGGUGCUGAAGAUGGACUCGGUGCGGCGCUACCUGGAGGGCACGAGCUGCAUUGCAGGCGUGCUGGUGCCCGCCAGGGACGACCCCUCCAGGCAGGAGAAGAUGAGCAUCUACCAGGCCAUGUGGAAGGGCCUGCUGCGGCCCGGCACGGCCCUGGUGCUGCUGGAGGCCCAGGCGGCCACGGGCUUCCUCAUCGACCCCGUGCGCAACCAGCGGCUGUCCGUGGAGGAGGCGGUGGCCGCGGGCGUGGUGGGCGGCGAGAUCCGCGACAAGCUGCUGUCGGCCGAGCGCGCGGUCACCGGCUACACCGACCCCUACACCGGGGAGCCCAUCUCGCUCUUCCAGGCCAUGCGGAAGGACCUGAUCGUCCGCGACCACGGCAUCCGCCUGCUGGAGGCCCAGAUCGCCACGGGCGGCAUCAUCGACCCCGUGCACAGCCACCGGCUGCCCGUGGAGGUGGCCUAUGAGCGCGGCUACUUCGACGAGGAGAUGAACCGCGUCCUGGCGGACCCGAGCGACGACACCAAGGGCUUCUUCGACCCCAACACGCACGAGAACCUCACCUACAUGCAGCUGCUGCGCCGCUGCGUGCGCGACCCGGACACGGGGCUGUACGUGCUGCAGCUGGCCCGCCAGGGCUCCGCCCUGCAGCAGCUGAGCGAGGAGCUGCGCCGCGCCCUGCGGGACGUGCGCGUGUCCCUGCCGCCGGGCGGGCGCCCCGAGGGCCAGGACGUGUCCGUCUGGGAGCUGCUCUUCUACCGGGAGGUGUCCGAGAGCCUGCGGCAGGACCUGCUGGCCGGGUACCGGGCGGGCAGGCUGAGCGUGCAGGAGCUGGGCGCCUCGCUCACCGCGCUGCUGGCCGGGGCCUCCGCGGCCGCGGACCCUCCGCCCGCCCUGCGCGCCGCCACCAUGGAGGUCAGGGUGGGCCGCCUGCGGGGCCCGGCCGUGCCCGUGUGGGACGUGCUGGAGUCCGCCUACGUGAGCGCCGACAGGAGGGAGCAGCUGCUGGCCCAGUUCCGCUCGGGGGCGCUGGGGCUGCCCGCGCUGACCCGCCGGCUGACCACCAUCAUCGAGGAGGCCGAGGAGGCCCAGGAGGUGCAGGGUGGGCGGCGGGGGCAGGGGGACACAGCCCCCGGCCAGCGGGAUCCGGGGCAGCAGGGGCGCAGUGAGGGCGGGGCCACCGGGCACCCUCGGGAGCAGGAGCUGCGUGCCGCCACCAUGGAGGUGCGCGCCGGGCGGUUCCGCGGGCGGCCGGUGUCCGUGUGGGACGUCCUGUGCUCCUCCUACCUGACCCAGGCCCGCCGGGAGGAGCUGCUGGCCCAGCUGGAGGCCGGCACCCUGGCCCUGCCCGGCCUGGUGGCCGUCCUCACCCAGGUCGUGGAGGAGACGGAGGAGCGCCUGAGCAAGGUGUCCUUCCGGGGCCUGCGGCGCCAUGUGUCCGCGGCCCAGCUGGGCACGUCCGGGGUGCUGGACCCUGAGACCCUGCGGGGGCCUGGCCCAGGGCCAAGAGCCCCCCAGGAGGUGCUGAAGAUGGACUCGGUGCGGCGCUACCUGGAGGGCACGAGCUGCAUCGCAGGCGUGCUGGUGCCCGCCAGGGACGACCCCUCCAGGCAGGAGAAGAUGAGCAUCUACCAGGCCAUGUGGAAGGGCCUGCUGCGGCCCGGCACGGCCCUGGUGCUGCUGGAGGCCCAGGCGGCCACGGGCUUCCUCAUCGACCCCGUGCGCAACCAGCGGCUGUCCGUGGACGAGGCGGUGGCCGCGGGCGUGGUGGGCGGCGAGAUCCGCGACAAGCUGCUGUCGGCCGAGCGCGCGGUCACCGGCUACACCGACCCCUACACCGGGGAGCCCAUCUCGCUCUUCCAGGCCAUGCGGAAGGACCUGAUCGUCCGCGACCACGGCAUCCGCCUGCUGGAGGCCCAGAUCGCCACGGGCGGCAUCAUCGACCCCGUGCACAGCCACCGGCUGCCCGUGGAGGUGGCCUAUGAGCGCGGCUACUUCGACGAGGAGAUGAACCGCGUCCUGGCGGACCCGAGCGACGACACCAAGGGCUUCUUCGACCCCAACACGCACGAGAACCUCACCUACAUGCAGCUGCCGCGCUGCGUGCGCGACCCGGACACGGGGCUGUACGUGCUGCAGCUGGCCGCCCAGGGCUCCGCCCUGCAGCAGCUGAGCGAGGAGCUGCGCCGCGCCCCUGCGGGGACGUGCGCGUGUCCCUGCCGCCGGGGCGGGCGCCCCGAGGGCCAGGACGUGUCCGUCUGGGAGCUGCUCUUCUACCGGGAGGUGUCCGAGAGCCUGCGGCAGGACCUGCUGGCCGGGUACCGGGCGGGCAGGCUGAGCGUGCAGGAGCUGGGCGCCUCGCUCACCGCGCUGCUGGCCGGGGCCUCCGCGGCCGCGGACCCUCCGCCCGCCCUGCGCGCCGCCACCAUGGAGGUCAGGGUGGGCCGCCUGCGGGGCCCGGCCGUGCCCGUGUGGGACGUGCUGGAGUCCGCCUACGUGAGCGCCGACAGGAGGGAGCAGCUGCUGGCCCAGUUCCGCUCGGGGGCGCUGGGGCUGCCCGCGCUGACCCGCCGGCUGACCACCAUCAUCGAGGAGGCCGAGGAGCCCAGGAGGUGCAGGGUGGGCGGCGGGGGCAGGGGGGACACAGCCCCCGGCCAGCGGGAUCCGGGGCAGCAGGGGCGCAGUGAGGGCGGGGCCACCGGGCACCCUCGGGAGCAGGAGCUGCGUGCCGCCACCAUGGAGGUGCGCGCCGGGCGGUUCCGCGGGCGGCCGGUGUCCGUGUGGGACGUCCUGUGCUCCUCCUACCUGACCCAGGCCCGCCGGGAGGAGCUGCUGGCCCAGCUGGAGGCCGGCACCCUGGCCCUGCCCGGCCUGGUGGCCGUCCUCACCCAGGUCGUGGAGGAGACGGAGGAGCGCCUGAGCAAGGUGUCCUUCCGGGGCCUGCGGCGCCAUGUGUCCGCGGCCCAGCUGGGCACGUCCGGGGUGCUGGACCCUGAGACCCUGCGGGGGCCUGGCCCAGGGCCAAGAGCCCCCCAGGAGGUGCUGAAGAUGGACUCGGUGCGGCGCUACCUGGAGGGCACGAGCUGCAUCGCAGGCGUGCUGGUGCCCGCCAGGGGACGACCCUCCAGGCAGGAGAAGAUGAGCAUCUACCAGGCCAUGUGGAAGGGCCUGCUGCGGCCCGGCACGGCCCUGGUGCUGCUGGAGGCCCAGGCGGCCACGGGCUUCCUCAUCGACCCCGUGCGCAACCAGCGGCUGUCCGUGGACGAGGCGGUGGCCGCGGGCGUGGUGGGCGGCGAGAUCCGCGACAAGCUGCUGUCGGCCGAGCGCGCGGUCACCGGCUACACCGACCCCUACACCGGGACCAUCUCGCUCUUCCAGGCCAUGCGGAAGGACCUGAUCGUCCGCGACCACGGCAUCCGCCUGCUGGAGGCCCAGAUCGCCACGGGCGGCAUCAUCGACCCCGUGCACAGCCACCGGCUGCCCGUGGAGGUGGCCUAUGAGCGCGGCUACUUCGACGAGGAGAUGAACCGCGUCCUGGCGGACCCGAGCGGCGACACCAAGGGCUUCUUCGACCCCAACACGCACGAGAACCUCACCUACAUGCAGCUGCUGCGCCGCUGCGUGCGCGACCCGGACACGGGGCUGUACGUGCUGCAGCUGGCCCGCCAGGGCUCCGCCCUGCAGCAGCUGAGCGAGGAGCUGCGCCGCACCCUGCGGGACGUGCGCGUGUCCCUGCCGCCGGGGGCAGGCGCCCCCGAGGGCCAGGACGUGUCCGUCUGGGAGCUGCUCUUCUACCGGGAGGUGUCCGAGAGCCUGCGGCAGGACCUGCUGGCCGGGUACCGGGCGGGCAGGCUGAGCGUGCAGGAGCUGGGCGCCUCGCUCACCGCGCUGCUGGCGGGGGCCUCCGCGGCCGCGGACCCUCCGCCCGCCCUGCGCGCCGCCACCAUGGAGGUCAGGGUGGGCCGCCUGCGGGGCCCGGCCGUGCCCGUGUGGGACGUGCUGGAGUCCGCCUACGUGAGCGCCGACAGGAGGGAGCAGCUGCUGGCCCAGUUCCGCUCGGGGCGCUGGGGGCUGCCCGCGCUGACCCGCCGGCUGACCACCAUCAUCGAGGAGGCCGAGGAGGCCCAGGAGGUGCAGGGUGGGCGGCGGGGGGCAGGGGGACACAGCCCCCGGCCAGCGGGAUCCGGGCAGCAGGGGCGCAGUGAGGGCGGGGCCACCGGGCACCCUCGGGAGCAGGAGCUGCGUGCCGCCACCAUGGAGGUGCGCGCCGGGCGGUUCCGCGGGCGGCCGGUGUCCGUGUGGGACGUCCUGUGCUCCUCCUACCUGACCCAGGCCCGCCGGGAGGAGCUGCUGGCCCAGCUGGAGGCCGGCACCCUGGCCCUGCCCGGCCUGGUGGCCGUCCUCACCCAGGUCGUGGAGGAGACGGAGGAGCGCCUGAGCAAGGUGUCCUUCCGGGGCCUGCGGCGCCAUGUGUCCGCGGCCCAGCUGGGCACGUCCGGGGUGCUGGACCCUGAGACCCUGCGGGGCCUGGCCCAGGGCACCAAGAGCCCCCAGGAGGUGCUGAAGAUGGACUCGGUGCGGCGCUACCUGGAGGGCACGAGCUGCAUCGCAGGCGUGCUGGUGCCCGCCAGGGACGACCCCUCCAGGCAGGAGAAGAUGAGCAUCUACCAGGCCAUGUGGAAGGGCCUGCUGCGGCCCGGCACGGCCCUGGUGCUGCUGGAGGCCCAGGCGGCCACGGGCUUCCUCAUCGACCCCGUGCGCAACCAGCGGCUGUCCGUGGACGAGGCGGUGGCCGCGGGCGUGGUGGGCGGCGAGAUCCGCGACAAGCUGCUGUCGGCCGAGCGCGCGGUCACCGGCUACACCGACCCCUACACCGGGGAGCCCAUCUCGCUCUUCCAGGCCAUGCAGAAGGGCCUGAUCGUCCGCGACCACGGCAUCCGCCUGCUGGAGGCCCAGAUCGCCACGGGCGGCAUCAUCGACCCCGUGCACAGCCACCGGCUGCCCGUGGAGGUGGCCUAUGAGCGCGGCUACUUCGACGAGGAGAUGAACCGCGUCCUGGCGGACCCGAGCGACGACACCAAGGGCUUCUUCGACCCCAACACGCACGAGAACCUCACCUACAUGCAGCUGCUUCAGAAGGCUGCUCUUGACUCUGAAACAGGCCUCUUAUUUCUUUCUCUUUCUCAGAAAUAAAAGAUCUGUUUGUGUUAGAUUUCACCUGUCAAAGGAUGUUAUUCUGCCCAGAGGGGUCUAAAAUUACCUUGAAUGUAAUGUUUCUUAUUUGUUUUAUACAUUUCACAUUGUUUGUUUUUCUCUACUCCCAGAGGCUUGGGUCUUUCCUUUCCAUUAAAAUAAUCAUGUGUCAUCUAGAUGGCAUCUUGGGUACUCUUGCAGUUCUCCCUUGAGUAUUCAACAUAUUUUUAUCUGACAGAACAUUGGCCGUUGGUCAUCAUUGAUAAACUCUGCUGCCCUUACAACAAAGGACUCUUUUCCUUGGCCCUGGUCCCUGUGGCUUCUUUGGUUGUAGAGUCGUCCUGCAACCAAGGGCUUGUGGUUGGCUUCCUGUGAGAGCAUUGGCGUGGGUUGUGGGUCCCAUCCCUGGAUCCAGACACCUGUGGUGCCCUGGGUAAGGGAGGCAACCAACCAGUCAAUGCUUCUGUUUCGUCGAGGUUUAUCCCUCUUUCUAAAAGCAAUGAAAAAUGUCUUCACAUGAGAGUUCUUUCAAAACAUGUUUUGAAAGAACUCUAUUUCUUGGCACCUCCACCUAUCACACUGAAGCGUAUACAUCAUUCUGUGUGUUCCAGUUUUUAUUAAAUGCAUUCCUUUCGAUCAAGAA